UCAUCUUCACACAGCCAAAUCAAGCUAGUCAGCAAUGGCUUCCACUGUGAAUUCCCCAUCAACCCCUAUUACUCUUCCCAAGAUUUCAUCCAUUCAAACUCCAUUCCUUCCCAAAACAUCUCAGCUUUCCAUAUUCAAGAAGAAGAAGCCUUUCAACUUUGUCUCCAAGAAAGUAGUGUCCUGCAAAGCCAGCAAUGAACAGUCUUCUUCUCCCAACAGGAGGGAUGUGCUUCUCGGCCUAGGUGGUCUCUAUGGUGCUACCAACCUUGUGAGCGACCCAUUUGCAUUGGCAGCCCCAGUAGCCGCACCCGACCUUUCUCUCUGUGAGAAAUCGACUGUAACAUCCAAGAGCGCUGGAACCAUUAAAGUCGCUUGCUGCCCUCCAAAAUCAACAAAUAUCAUAGAUUUCAAACCACCAAAGUUUAGCAAGAUACGGUACAGACCGGCGGCACAUAUAGUUGAUUCUGAGUACUUGGAUAAGUUUAAGGAGGCCAUGGAGAAGAUGAAAGCUCUUCCCGAGGAUGAUCCUCGUAAUUUCAUGCAACAAGCCAAUGUUCAUUGUGCUUACUGCAAUGGGGGUUACGAUAAUGGAGACCAAAAUCAAGAGCUUCAAAUUCACUUCUCAUGGCUCUUUUACCCUUUCCAUAGGUGGUAUCUCUAUUUCUACGAGAGAAUAUUGGGGAAGAUGAUUGAUGAUCCGAAUUUCGCCAUGCCAUUUUGGAACUGGGAUUCUCCCCGUGGCAUGGUUAUCCCAGAGAUGUAUGUAGAUCCUAACUCUCCGCUCUACGAUGAGAAGCGCAACGAGAACCACCAGCCGCCCAAAAUGCUCGAUCUUGAUUACGCCGGCACCGAGGAAGAAUUAUCAAAGAGGGAUCUGAUAAAGAGUAAUCUAAGUGUGAUGUAUAGGCAAAUGGUAUCGAACAAGACCGCUUCUCUAUUCCAUGGACAACCGUACCGUACUGGCGAUAAACCAAGUCCGGGAAUGGGUGCCAUCGAGAACAACCCUCACACCGCCGUUCAUCGGUGGGUUGGCGACAAGAAGCAACCGUAUUCAGAAGAUAUGGGGAACUUUUAUUCUGCUGGUAGAGACCCCCUGUUCUACGCUCAUCAUUCCAAUGUUGAUCGAAUGUGGAACAUUUGGAAGUCUUUACCAGGGAAGAAACCAGGGAAGAAACGGACCGAUUUUGCCGACACGGAUUGGCUCGAUUCCUCGUUCCUUUUCUACGACGAGAAUGCUAAUCUGAAUCGAGUCAAGGUUCGUGAUGCACUAGACACAAGGAAUUUGGGGUACGAUUAUCAAAGAGUUGAUAUUCCAUGGCUUAAAAACAAGCCAACCCCUCGGAGGCCCGGUAAGGGUCGAGGCCAAGGUCAUGGUCGUGGUCAAGCAGUGGCGGCCGAGACGAAAGCUGCAUCCGUUAUCCGCAAUGCUUUCCCUAUAGUUUUAGACAAGGUGGUGCGCAUUGAAGUUCCAAGGCCAAAGAAAUCAAGGACUAAGCAUGAAAAGGAAGAUGAAGAAGAAGUUUUGGUUCUACAAAACAUUCAGGUAGACCGAGACAUAGCUGUGAAAUUCGAUGUGUACAUCAACGACGAAGACGACGAGACACCCACCGAACCGGAAGAUUCGGAGUUUGCCGGGAGCUUUACGAAUAUACCGCAUAACCAUCACAAGCCGGGUGUGAAGCUUGACACUAACUUGACGCUGCCAUUAUCAGAUUUGUUGGAGGAUUUGGAUGUUGAAGGGGAUGACAAUAUUGAGGUGACUUUGGUGCCUAAAGAAGGGAAGGGUCUUGUUUCGAUUGGUAACAUUAAGAUCGACUACAUCCAAGACUAGUGAUCAAUUAAUCUGUUGACUCUUCCAAUGCUUUGAUGGGGUUAAUGGACGACAUCUUUAGUGUUUCCGAUCGGAUUGAUGGGUACAUCUAUUUGUUUUUCAUGUUUUAUGUACGUGUCUUUUUGUGUUAUUAAUA